AUGAAUAAACGUGGUGAAGAUGGUAAUCAGGAAGGCAGCCGCCAAAUUUCAAUACCUUUAACGGCAUGCGAUCUCAGCACAGCUUCCACUCCUACCACAGUGUCAUCGUCACUAUCGCUUCAGUUUCUUUCAACAUCCAGAGCAGUAAUGGAUGAUCCGAAGGAAAGCACUCACUGUCAUGUCUGCAAUAAAAUUCAACCAUAUUCUGCUUUCAUUGUGCUGCCAUGUAAACAUGGAUUCUGUAGUCAGUGUGCUUCCAUUAUCAGUCAAACUCAGCUAUGUCCACUGUGCUUGAAUAAUGCAACAGUUGAAGGGUUUCCAUCUUCAUUGGUUAGCAUCACUGCCAGUCCAAGUCCCCUUUUUCCAGAAAAUUCACAUUCUGGAGAUGUUGCCGCCACAAAUCUUUCGCUCGAUUCUUCCUUUUCAAUAUGGGAUCCUCUUUCACCGAAAUCGCUUGUUAAACAUGAAUUGCAAGGCUCAGAGGUGCAGACAUCUGUUCAUCAACGGACUAAAUUGUUCCAUUCUUCACAACAAUUGUCAGACACUUCUGCAACACAUCCGCUGCUUGAUCAAUCUGUACUGACCUUCCAAAGUGGUAUUGCAACUGUUGCAGGAUUAUUUUCACUACCUCCCCAACCACUUACUACUACCUCAACAAUAAAUUGGCAUACCGUUCCAACUGCUGAAAUCCAGCAAACGUUCAAUGACAAUGCAAUAGCAACUGUGCGCUGCAUGCAGUGUGACGAAACAUUGUGUAGUGAGUGCGUUAUUGCACAUUAUCGCAUGCGAGUUACUCGUGAACACAAAGUGGUGCGUAUUGAGGCUUUCAAAGGCUUGACGCUACCUCAACUGAGUACUACAAGAGAACCAGUUAAAUUUGAAAGUUUACUUGAAACAGAAACAUGCAACACUCAUGAUUCACCGGUAAUCUGUACUUGUGUAACUUGUGGAACUGUACUACUUUGCAAUGUAUGCAUUGCGGACCACUCAAAACAUCAGCUUGUACCAUAUGGUGAACUGAGAACAUCGCUGCUGACGUUGAUUGCAAGCUCAAAGCAUGACCAAAAAAAUCUAGAAGAUGCUUUGGAAACUGUACGUCGAAUGUUAGAAAGAGUAGAUGCUUCUGUACAGUCAGCAAUUCGUGAAUUGCGAUCAGCGAUACAUUUGCAUAUCAGUGCACUAGAAGAACGGAAGCGCGAUUUAUUGCAGCGCGUUGAUACCAUUCGCCAGACGAAGAUCAGCACAUUGAAAGCUCAGGGGGAACAACUCAGACAGCGUCAUACAAUUUUAUCUGAAGCUUUAAAAGCGGCAGAAAUUGUAACGGCAGUCGGUGAAGGGAUGGAAAUCCAACAACGCAAUUCAUUUGAUGCAUUGCUUAGUAUUUUGCGGGAGCCAUGUUUAUAUUUGGUACCAAAUGAAACUGAUUUGAUCAAAUUCAUACCACCCGACAGUACUUUUAUUUCAAAAUUGCGUUCUCUGGGAGAGCUGGAGAGUGGUGCUUGUGCACGAACAACACACAUUAUCGGUGAAGGAUACAAGCGUGCCAUUCGUGAUCGGUUAUGUACCAUUUUAGUGCAAACUCGUGACUCUUGCGGCGAUGCUUGUACAUCAACAAGCCACCAGGUGUCUGCUUCGUUGCUUAGUCCGGAGGGUCGUACUCUGGAUAUACGCAUUGCUGAACAGGAUGCAGGGAUUUACUCGUUGACUUAUUUUCCAACCGAUGAAGGCAAUCAUUUUUUGGAUAUCAAGAUUCGAGGUGUUUCCAUUUGUGGAUGUCCUACGGUAAUCUAUGCACGAAAAGGUCGAAAUUAUGAAACAAUUGCUCGGGCAGGGCCAUUAUUCUCUUUUGGUUCAGAAGGUAACGCUGAUGGACAAUUUUGUCGACCAUGGGGAAUUUGCUGCGAUAAUAAAGGCCGCAUUGUUGUAGCAGACAGAAGCAACAAUCGUGUACAAAUUUUCGAUCAAGAGGGUAACUUCUUGCACAAGUUUGGUUCGCCAGGAACUCGUCCAGGACAGUUUGAUCGUCCGGCAGGCAUUGCGGUUAACUCCAUGAACGAAAUAGUCGUGGCUGACAAGGAUAAUCAUCGAGUACAAGUGUUCAGUGAACGUGGAGAUUUUUUGCUAAAAUUUGGUGAACGUGGCCGAACUCCUGGUCUUUUCAAUUACCCAUGGGGAGUCGCAGUAAAUUCAUUUAAUCAGAUUGCAGUUUCGGACACUAGAAAUCAUCGUGUACAAAUGUUUUCGCCGCAAGGACAUUUUAUUCGUAAAUUUGGCUUUGACAAUUCAUUGUAUAACUACAAGAAUCUGGAUUCACCUCGUGGUGUUUGCUAUUUACAUGACGGCCAAUUGGUUAUUACUGACUUCAAUAAUCAUCGCCUGGUGGUGAUAUCAUCGCGUGGUACAGUUGAUAUGAAAAUGUAUGGCAGCGAAGGUGAUAGUGAAGGUUCGUUUUGUCGUCCCCAGGGAAUAACAAUCGAUAAUGAAGGACAUAUUCUCGUCUGCGAUUCACGUAAUAAUCGAAUUCAGGUAUUAAGCUUGGAUGGAAUGCAGUGCAUUGCAUCAUUUGGUGGUGCAGUGCCAGGACUUCCACCGGCAGUUGGAGUUGGUAACACUGGUAGUGGAGCAGGCGGAGAAAAUGUUAUAACACCACUAGCCAAUAUUCCGGUAACAACAAAUAAUACUUUAAAAAGAUCAUCACCCCAACUGCCCACAUCUACAAAUGCACCACAACAUUCAGCACUUGAUCGUCCUACCGACUUAUGCGUUUCACCUGAUGGUUUGAUCUAUGUUGUAGAUUUUGGUAGCAGCUGUAUUCGGGUUUACUAA